CCUGCUGAAAUCUGUGAAGUUCUUCGGAACCACGAAAAGUUUCACUUGACACCAGAACCACCUAUUAGGCCACCAGCUGGUUCUUUGUUCUUGUUUGAUCGAAAAGUACUUCGAUAUUUUCGAAAAGAUGGUCAUCGUUGGAGGAAGAAAAAAGACGGGAAAACUGUGAAAGAAGCUCAUGAAAAGUUGAAGGCUGGCAGUGUUGAUGUCCUUCAUUGCUACUAUGCCCACGGAGAAGAUAAUGAGAACUUUCAGCGACGCAGUUAUUGGAUGCUUGAUGGGGAAUUAGAGAACAUUGUCCUUGUGCACUACAGAGAAGUGAAAGAGGGCAGCAAAUUAGGUGGCUCGCGCUUGCUUAAUGCAGAUCCAGGGUCACAGUUUGGAAGUCCUGAAGUUAGUUCAGCACCUUGCUCAGAACAAACAAACUCCCCUAUUCCAACAGGUCAAACUUCUUAUACAUCAAGUCCAAAUUCGAUAAAUUGGAAUGAACGAAAUUUUUUUUCAGCAUUUAAUGGGAAUCCUGAAGGAGAUCCAACCAAUGCAUCAAGUUCAGGGACCUCUCCUCUUGCUCAACCAAUUCAUGUUUCUGUAAAUGCUUCUGCGCCUGCCAAUGAAGCUACAGGAUUUCAGGAGUUAUCAAGAGUUCAUCUUGAUGCAGGGUUUGUUGGAGCUGGUUUUAAUCAUGGUACUAGCUCAUUCAUCUGUGCUGAUAUAUGUGGUUCGCGCGGGAACUUAAGUAGUACGGAUGCCAGAUUAGAUGCUGAUAACACAGUUCAAGAUGUAAGCUGUGGAGAUAGGCUGAUUCCUGAUGGUCAGAGAACAGCUCAGGAGCAUGAUUUUAAUCAGCCCCAGUAUCAGAAUCACUCUGGUUCUCAGGCAAUAGGCACUUCCACUCCCAAAGUUGAUGCUCAAGUAGCAGGAGCAAAUAAUGUGGAAGCUGGGGAGCUAAAGAAACUUGACAGUUUUGGUAGAUGGAUGGACAAAGAAAUGGGUGGAGAUUGUGACGAUUCUUUGAUGGCUUCUGACUCUGGCAAUUAUUGGAAUACACUUGAUACAGAAAAUGAUGACAAGGAAGUAUCCAGUUUGUCGCGUCAAAUGCAGUUGGAUAUUGAUUCACUGGGUCCUUCUCUUUCUCAAGAGCAACUAUUUAGUAUCUGUGAUUUUGCUCCAGAUUGGGCCUAUUCGGGAAUUGAAACAAAGGUUUUAAUCACUGGUACAUUUCUGGGGGACAAGAAGCAUUCUGGUAGUCUUAAGUGGUGCUGUAUGUUUGGUGAAAUCGAGGUUGCUGCUGAAGUUCUGACUGAUAGUGUUAUUCGAUGUCAAGUUCCUUUUCAUGCUCCUGGGCGUGUUCCGUUCUAUAUAACAUGCAGUAAUAGGUUGGCCUGCAGUGAGGUGCGCGAGUUUAAAUAUCUUGAAAAACUGUCAGAAGUUGCAUCUUCUGCAAAUGCUAAAAGUGCACCAGAAGAUGAAAUGCGUUUUCAAAUACAACUAGCAAAAAUGCUAUAUGCUGGCUCAGGGAAGAACAGGUUUGAUUGCUCCAUGGUUGAAUGUGAUAAAUGUAAGCUGGAAAAGGAUCUGAAUUCAUUUAAAAUUGAUAUACAAAAUGAUUGGAAAAGGAUUGAGCAUGCUGUUAUGAUGUUUGAAGGAUAUAAUGUUAGCCCUUCAGAUAUAUUGAUUCAGAAUUUGCUGAAGAACAGACUUUAUGAAUGGCUAAUCUGUAAAGUACAUGAAGUUAAAGGACCGCAUAUUCUGGACAAUGAAGGGCAAGGUGUUAUUCACUUGGCAGCCACUCUUGGUUAUGUGUGGGCCGUGGGCCUGAUAGUAGCUGCCGGUGUCAGUCCAAAUUUCAGAGAUGCGCGAGGAAGGACAGCACUUCACUGGGCAUCAUACUAUGGGAGAGAGGAAACAGUUGUUGCACUUAUUAGAUUGGGCGCUGCUGCGGGUGCCGUAGAUGAUCCAACACCAGCAUUUCCUGGCGGACAAACUGCUGCUGAUUUGGCAUCUAGUAGAGGCCACAAGGGAAUUGCUGGAUAUUUGGCAGAAGCAGAUCUGACCAGUCAUCUUCUUUCGUUGACUCUCAGAGACAAUUCUACAAACAGUGUUGCUGCUGGUAUGGCAGCAGAAAAUGCAAUGGAGAGUGCAGCUCAAAAUAUUUUUUCACCAGAUAGGGCAAUUGAUGAGAAACAUUCCUUGAGAAGGUCUCUUGCCGCUGUUAGAAAAUCUGCUCAUGCAGCUGCCCUACUUCAAGCUGCUUUUAGAGCCCGUUCAUUCCGUCAUAGGCAACUAACUAAGAGCAGCGAUGACAUAUCUGAAGCUUCACUUGACCUUGUUGCACUUGGUUCUCUGAACAAGGUCCAGAAGGUGAGUCAUUUUGAUGAUUAUUUGCAUUCUGCUGCUAUAAAGAUCCAGCAGAAGUACCGUGGCUGGAAGGGGAGGAAAGAAUUUUUGAAGAUACGGAACCGUAUUAUGAAAAUUCAGGCGCAUGUGAGAGGACAUCAAGUCCGUAAGCAAUAUAAAAAAUUCAUUUGGUCUGUUGGCAUAGUUGAAAAGGCAAUACUGCGCUGGAGGCGGAAAGGACACGGCUUGCGAGGAUUUCGGAGGGAAAAUACAAUUGAAAAUGUGGUGCCUGAGACUCAGAAGAAUGAUGAGUACGAAUUUUUACGAAUUGGUCGGAAACAAAAAGUUGCAGGAGUUGUGAAAGCUCUGGCAAGGGUCCAAUCCAUGGUUCGCCACCCAGAAGCAUGUGAUCAGUACUCGAGGCUGGUUACAAAAUUUGAGAAUUUUAAGUUGAGCAACGAAGUGGCCAGUGAAUCUGACAAGUUGAAGGUACAGAAAGAAAUCGACAGAUGAUGAUGUUUCAGCAUUUGUAGUAGAUUGACAAAAAAAUGUGUAAAAAAGAUUUUGGUUACAGUCUGGGAAGAAAAAUCAAUCGUGCUGGGUAUUGACUUGUAAGUAUUGUCUAACAUGUCUUACUUCUGAGGUAUUGUCAUCUGCAAUAUGUAAAAGAGAAACUGGGGAUGUACAUUUUGUGUUUUCUUCUUCUUCUUCUUCUUCUUCUUCUUCUGGUGGUACAAUUGCAGCCAUUGUCAUUUUAAAUUAUGUAAGCUGAAAGUAGGAGCGGUUGUUUGAUAAAUUUGGGAACGUUGAAGUGGCUAUGAUUUGUAAGGAAUGCUAAUAUAGUUUUUGGGUGGUAACAAAUUGUGUUUGGAAGUAUAUUAUCAUCUGUAAAACGGUAUAUAUAUAUAUAUAUAUGGCAAAUCCAAUUGUCAGCAUUUUCAUUUA